GCCACGCCUCCGCAGUGGUCUUCCUGUGAUUGUGUUGUCUGCGUCCUAUUGGGCAGACGCAUCUUGCCCGUCGUCACACAUUACAAAUUUUCACUUUACGCGUAAAAUAUUAUUAAAACAUGUCGUCUUUGUAUAAGCCGUUUUCUGUUUCGGAAGGGCCGUGCAAAGAUGCGAUACUGAGACGAGGAUGCACGCCGCUACAGCAUCCUGCAGCGCUGACCCGGAUUCCCUCCGCCGGCGGGGGCUCGACGCGCACUUUUACCCCAAUUCCUAACAUUUAUCCAGGCCAGAGGAAUCUAGCGGCCGCAGCAAUCGGAGGGAGAAAAAUCACCCAUCCGUGGAAGGCUAUUCUUGCAGGUGGCAUUGCAGGAGGCAUUGAGAUCUGCAUCACAUUUCCAACAGAGUAUGUGAAGACCCAGCUACAAUUAGAUGAAAGAGCAAAUCCUCCACGGUACCGAGGCAUAGGUGACUGUGUUAAGUUGACGUUGCAGGAUCAUGGGUUGAGAGGUCUAUACAGAGGACUUAGUUCACUGCUUUAUGGAUCCAUCCCGAAAUCUGCAGUACGGUUUGGGACAUUUGAGGUUCUUAGUAACCCGAUGAGGGAUGCCACGGGGCGGCUUGACAAUAAAGGAAGUUUGCUGUGUGGGCUUGGAGCGGGAAUUGCAGAGGCGGUGUUGGUGGUCUGUCCAAUGGAGACAGUCAAGGUGAAAUUCAUUCAUGACCAGUGCUCUCUGAGGCCACGCUAUCGAGGGUUCUUCCAUGGUGUACGGGAAAUAAUUAGAGAUCAAGGUGUCAGAGGGACGUAUCAAGGACUGACUGCUACACUUCUGAAGCAGGGCAGCAACCAGGCUAUACGCUUUUAUGUUAUGAACUUGUUGCGCAACUGGUACAAAGGCGAUGACCCCAGACGUGACAUGCAUCCGCUGGUUACAGCGUUGUUUGGAGCAACAGCCGGGGCAGCGAGUGUUUUUGGGAACACGCCACUUGAUGUGGUGAAGACUCGAAUGCAGGGUUUGGAGGCUCAUCGCUACAAGAGCACGUUAGAUUGUGCAUUCCAGAUUUUGAAGAAUGAAGGCCCUCAAGCGUUCUACAAAGGCACGGUCCCACGACUGGGCAGAGUGUGUCUAGACGUGGCCAUUGUCUUUGUUCUCUACGAGGAGGUUGUAAAGCUACUGAACAAUGUCUGGAGAACAGACUGAAGACGGACCAGGUUGCAGAACUGAUCGAGACAGACUGAACUAUCCACACACAGUUGGCCGCGUCAGUCAAGUCUAAAGAUCCAGACUUGAACCGUGACCUCUGGCCUAGAGGAUUUAAACCAUCCAUCUGUGUCUGUAUAGUUGAAGCCAGGAGCUUGAGCCACGAGAAAGAACCUGUAGCUUACGGUAUAUUUAUUGACGCACAAAAAUAUUGAUACAUGAGCAAGCGUUUCAUCAGUUUGCACUUCGGUAAAAUCGUGCAAGUGUCUUCUCACCACCAUGCUUUUAUAGAGGUUGUCGUGAGACAGUCUACUUAUGUGGCAUGAAAUGUAAUGCACAUGUUCUUUUGUCCUAGUUUACAUAUACAGCUCUGAAAAUGUGCUUUUCUAAGAAAUCAAAUGUAUCGUGAUGUUGCCGCAAGUUUUAAAACUGGUCGAGGCUCAGACAUUCGUGAUACUCGAUAUAAAACUUGCAUGUUGAGUGCAAUCAUGAAGACCAGGGCAUUCAAGCUUGAUGUUUUUUAUACAAUGUAAAUGGCAGCUU